UGUCAGUUUGAUCCUGCAGCGUGCGCGGUAAGCCCGUUCUGCCAGGACAAGUAGCGAGCGCGUCUGGAAAAUCUGCCCUGCUUGGGAAACUCAGCGGUCGGUUUUCCCGGUCGCAUCACUCCCGGAAUUUCCACGAUAUUUCAAAUUUUCCGUGCGUUCAUAUUCGAGCAAUGGUGAUUGUGUCUUUUUUGGUCUGCUGAAGGCGAGUUAAUCGAAAGAUGGAGAAAGUGUCGAACUGAACGAGUGCUUCAAAUUGUGUGUUGUUUGAUAUAUAGUGGGUGUUAUUUAUCUACAGCAGAAUGACGGAAGACUCUGGACCAAAUCAACCACCACAAACACAAACACAAGUCGAUCCAGCUAACGUGAAGCCAGCAGAUAACAAUGGAGAUUCUCUCAGUUCACAAAGGGUGUUCAAGAAGACAUCGCCAAAUUCCAGACUCACGCUCUACUUGAGUUCAAGAGACCUCGUGAUUUCGAAUGGACAGAUAGAUCGUCUUCAGGGAGUCAUACUGGUGGACCCCGAGUUUGUGGAAUCUCGAAGAGUUUUUGGACAAGUCACUCUCACCUUUCGUUAUGGCAGGGAGGACGAGGAGGUUAUGGGGCUGAAAUUUUGCAACGAGGCAAUUAUGUGUCUGGCGCAGCUGUAUCCGCCCAUCUCUGACUCGAAACAGCCAGAAGUCAACACACCUCUGCAGGAUGCUCUCAUAAAACGGCUAGGACCCAACGCGUAUCCUUUUAGCAUGCAAAUAUCACCUGACGCACCACCUAGUGUCCAGUUAGUGCCUGCCAAAGAGUACAACGGAGCUCCAAUAGGUACUAGUUAUGACGUCAGAGCUUAUAUAGAUCCUUUUUUAGCUGAAACGGCUGACGAGAAAUUCCACAGAAGAGGUACAGUCCGCAUGGGAAUCCGGGUGGUACAAAGGGCUUUCGCUCCGCCAUCUCCAUACGAGUAUAUACCGGGCGGUUCGCAAAAGACCAACAGGGACCGAGCCAAGGAGCACAGGAAAGCUCUCCUUGGAGGGGGAUUGGAGGUUAAGUUCACGCCCAGAGAAUCACCUUGUAUAUCUCCGCUGAACGACGAGGGGGGAAAUACGAAAGAAAUGGAAAACGAGAGGCUGCAACAGGAAGAGAACCAGAUGGACCAGGAUCCAGAACUGAGGAGCAAGAGGGAACAUUCCCCUGAUCAGGCAAGGACCAAUGUGACCUUCAAGCAUCUGACCAAUAGCGGGCGGCAGUCCGACCACCUAGAACAUCAACGAGAGGAAAAACCACCUGAUCAUCGACACGAGCCCCAACAUCUGAUGGAGGACAUCGAGAGUCCCUUGCUGCGUUACCGUUCAUUGUGCGGCAGCAAACGUCCAAGCCUAGCGGCCUACUUGGCAGGCGUCCCAGCACCAAAGGCAGCAGUCGAGAAACCUUUCCUCCUGAGCGACGGAAAGGUCCAUCUCACCGCCUCCCUGAACAAGGGCAUCUAUUCGCACGGGGAAGAGAUAAGCGUGAACGUACAAGUCAGAAACGGCAGCAACAAGACGGUGAGGAGGAUAAAGGUCUUCGUGGUCCAAUACGUGGACGUCUGCAUGUUCUCCAACGGCAAAUUCAAGAACGUAGUGGCCAUGAUCAACACCAAGGACGACCUCCCGAUCCAGCCAGGCAGCGAGUUCGACAAGACCUUCACCCUCCUACCCGUCAAGAGCUCCACCAAGAACUGGAUAGCCCUGGAAGACUCCUACACCAAGAGCGGCACCAGCCUGUCGUCGACGGUCACCUGCACCGACACCAAGGAACAACGCAACGUCUUCGCCAUCUACGUCUCUUACUACGUCAAAGUGAAGCUUAUGGUUAGCGUGAUGGGGGGCCAGGUGUCCCUGAAGUUACCCUUCACCCUCAUGCACACCUGCACCGACCUGGACCACACGGAGACCCUGACCAGGGUGAACAGGUCGGACGUACAGCUGGAACUGAAGGCGCCAUCUAUACAGCAGGUGGUUAAGCAGGAGAAGGACGGCACGUGAGAUCAGGAAAAGGUGGUGGUCGAGAUAAACUGCAAGGCGUCGGAGGGUGAAGUUGGAACUGACGCUGUUUUCACACGCGAAAACUGCCACAAGCCGCUCGAAGACGCCGGUGGCCCUAGGCAGAAUUCCAAGUGUUUCGAUGAAAUUUUACCGGUGCCUAGACGCGAGGAUGAAGAGAAGAAGAUAUGGGGAGGGAUUGAAGAUAGGUUAACAGACGAUGAGACUGAAGAUAAAGGAAGGAGGUUCAGCAUAAACCGCGCGUGGUGUUGUUUGAGGAAGAGGAGGACAUCUUAACGUUAUAUGUGUGUUUCAGUUGUUUUACAGACGUUCGAAAUGGAUUUGCUGGGACUAAAGCCUCGCACCGUCAUUAAAUUAUAUGCACGUUUAGAAAUUCUGUAUAUUCUCUUGAGGAAGUGAAGCAACUGGAUGUGACCAAGACAAAAAACUGCUAUACAAAUCGAAACUCAUUUAUUGCUAAUGGUUGAUUACAAUAUAAUAAAUAUGAUUGCAUCGAUAUCCUUUACGCAAUAUUCAUAUAUUUAUUAUGAUUCUGUUAUCAUUCUUUGAAUUGAUUUAUUCUCCGAUUGAAUAUCAUUAAAGUUUAUGCCUCGAUUAGAUGAAUAUGGUGAAAGAUCAAAGGCAAUUAUCCUAAACAUUUCAAAUGGAAGAGUAAUUUUAAUAUUGGGGGUUAAAUAUACCCGGUUACGACUUGAAUUCUUAUAAGUGAUGAAAUUUUCAUGAAUUAUAAUUGUUUUAAUAUCAUAAUAUCUAUUAUUUGUAUUUAUUACAAUUUCGAAUUAUUUAUAGCAGCUAGAAAAACGAAAUCGGUAGAAACCGAAUAAUAGAACUAUUGAGUGUAAAUUUUUAGAAUAUUUAUUGAAACUCAACAAAAGUAACUUAAAACAGGUCAAAGAAAUAAUUAAAAAUGAACUUUCAUAGAGAGACAGACAUUUCUCUUGAUAAUAAUAUGAGAAAUGUCAAAGCUCGGAUGAAGAGCACAAAAUAUAGAAUAAAACCCUUGAAAUUUUCGAACUUACAAAACCACUACGAACUGCUGACUCUAAAAUGUGCCUAAAGUUGUUUUGAUCAUGAAGAGUAUAGAAGUAUAGACAAACUAUAAAAGUAAAUAAAAACCAAAUAUUUUAUAUUACAGAUAAGUGGAUUGUCUAGUGGAUAAAUUUCUAACUUGUUACUACGUACUAUGAAUCAAAACGAAACGAAUUCAAUUGUGUUAUUAAUUUAUCUCAAAAAUGCACUGACUAAAAAAGUAACAUGGGAUUCAGAAUUGUAGAUAUAAAUAUUGUUAUAUCGACUGGCUCAGAUGGACUAAAUAGCUCGCAUUCCAAAAUAAUCAAAUGAAUCUAUCUACAUACUAAGCUUUUGUAUAGAAUUCACUCCAAAUCUAAUGGUGGGUUUAUGCAGAGUUCCUGAGAACUAAGAAGGGAAUCAAUUGGCAGAUAGUGAUCAUGUGAUCACCAUCUGUCAAUUAGGUUAGUUCCUUUCUUAGGAACUCUGCAUAAUCCCCCAAUUAAUGAAAGAUGUUUGUAAGAUAUCUGUUCCUGUGACGAAAUAAAUGUUGGUAUUGUGAAAUAAAUCUUAAAAACUCCAUUGUCUUUUC